AUGUGCGGACCUCCGGCCACCGGAGGAGACCUCCCACAACCGGUGGCGGUGUGCGGACCUCCGGCCGCCGGAGGAGACCUCCCACAACCGGUGGCGAUGUGCGGACCUCCGGCCGCCGGAGGAGACCUCCCACAACCGGUGGGGGUGUGCGGACCUCCGGCCACCGGAGGAGACCUCCCACAACCGGUGGCGGUGUGCGGACCUCCGGCCGCCGGAGGAGACCUCCCACAACCGGUGGCGGUGUGCGGACCUCCGGCCAGCGGAGGAGACCUCCCACAACCGGUGGCGGUGUGCGGACCUCCGGCCACCGGAGGAGACCUCCCACAACCGGUGGCGGUGUGCGGACCUCCGGCCAGCGGAGGAGACCUCCCACAACCGGUGGCGGUGUGCGGACCUCCGGCCAGCGGAGGAGACCUCCCACAACCGGUGGCGGUGUGCGGACCUCCGGCCGCCGGAGGAGACCUCCCACAACCGGUGGCGGUGUGCGGACCUCCGGCCAGCGGAGGAGACCUCCCACAACCGGUGGCGGUGUGCGGACCUCCGGCCAGCGGAGGAGACCUCCCACAACCGGUGGCGGUGUGCGGACCUCCGGCCGCCGGAGGAGACCUCCCACAACCGGUGGCGGUGUGCGGACCUCCGGCCGCCGGAGGAGACCUCCCACAACCGGUGGCGGUGUGCGGACCUCCGGCCGCCGGAGGAGACCUCCCACAACCGGUGGCGGUGUGCGGACCUCCGGCCGCCGGAGGAGACCUCCCACAACCGGUGGCGGUGUGCGGACCUCCGGCCAGCGGAGGAGACCUCCCACAACCGGUGGCGGUGUGCGGACCUCCGGCCAGCGGAGGAGACCUCCCACAACCGGUGGCGGUGUGCGGACCUCCGGCCAGCGGAGGAGACCUCCCACAACCGGUGGCGGUGUGCGGACCUCCGGCCAGCGGAGGAGACCUCCCACAACCGGUGGCGGUGUGCGGACCUCCGGCCAGCGGAGGAGACCUCCCACAACCGGUGGCGGUGUGCGGACCUCCGGCCACCGGAGGAGACCUCCCACAACCGGUGGCGGUGUGCGGACCUCCGGCCAGCGGAGGAGACCUCCCACAACCGGUGGGGGUGUGCGGACCUCCGGCCGCCGGAGGAGACCUCCCACAACCGGUGGGGGUGUGCGGACCUCCGGCCGCCGGAGGAGACCUCCCACAACCGGUGGCGGUGUGCGGACCUCCGGCCACCGGAGGAGACCUCCCACAACCGGUGGCGAUGUGCGGACCUCCGGCCACCGGAGGAGACCUCCCACAACCGGUGGGGGUGUGCGGACCUCCGGCCACCGGAGGAGACCUCCCACAACCGGUGGCGGUGUGCGGACCUCCGGCCACCGGAGGAGACCUCCCACAACCGGUGGCGGUGUGCGGACCUCCGGCCACCGGAGGAGACCUCCCACAACCGGUGGCGGUGUGCGGACCUCCGGCCGCCGGAGGAGACCUCCCACAACCGGUGGCGGUGUGCGGACCUCCGGCCGCCGGAGGAGACCUCCCACAACCGGUGGCGGUGUGCGGACCUCCGGCCAGCGGAGGAGACCUCCCACAACCGGUGGCGGUGUGCGGACCUCCGGCCGCCGGAGGAGACCUCCCACAACCGGUGGCGGUGUGCGGACCUCCGGCCGCCGGAGGAGACCUCCCACAACCGGUGGCGGUGUGCGGACCUCCGGCCACCGGGGGCGAUGUGCGGACCUCCGACCACCGGAGGAGACCUCCCACAACCGGUGGCGGUGUGCGGACCUCCGGCCGCCGGGGGCGGUGUGCGGACCUCCGGCCGCUCAUGGCUCUGUGGCAACUUGCGAGCUUGCUGCUGGACGCAGGCGCAAUGCCGACUCCGGGUAUUGCCGUGCUUCUCCGGUGA